AUGCCACCUAAGAAGAAGCCUCAAAUAUCAGAUAAGAAUAAGGCCAAAGCAAAGGCCAAGUCAGUUGGUGAUAAGACUUUUGGUUUGAAAAAUAAGAAUAAGUCUAAGAAAGUUCAAAAUCAAAUCAAUCAAAUUGAGGCAGGUGCUGAUGGUGGGUUAGCAAAGAAGAAGGAAGCCGAAGCCAAAAGAAAGGCUGCUGAAAAGAAGGCCUCUGAAGAAGCUAAGAAGGAGGCUGCUGCUUUAUUCGGUAUUCAGCAACCAAAGGUACCAUUUGGUGUAGAUCCAAAGUCCAUCUUAUGUGAAUUUUUCAAGAAAGGUGUCUGUGCUAAAGGUAAUAAAUGUAAGUUUUCUCAUGAUUUGAAUGUGGGAAGAAAAGAUCUUAAGAAAGAUUUAUAUACCGAUGCUAGAACAGAGAAAGAAGAAGAUACGAUGGAUAAAUGGGAUGAAGAAAAAUUGAGAAAUGUUAUUUUAUCAAAGCAUGGUAACUUGAAGACGACGACCGAUAAAGUCUGUAAAUAUUUCAUUGAUGCGGUUGAAAAUGGAAAGUACGGUUGGUUUUGGGUUUGUCCUAAUGGAGGUAAUGAAUGUAAAUAUAGACAUUCUUUACCACCAGGAUUCGUAUUGAAGACAAAGGAACAAAAGAGAUUAGAGAGAUUAGCAUCGGAAUCGGCACCAAAGAUUAGUUUGGAAGAAUUUUUGGAUUUAGAAAGAGGUAAAUUAGACAAGAGUUCAUUUACACCAAUUACGUUGGAAUCAUUUGCCGAGUGGAAGAAGAAGCAACAAGAGAAGAAGGCCGACGAAAAGAAAAAAGAAGAAGAAAGGAAUGGUAAAAAGGUGUUAACAGGAAAAGAGGUUAUAUUGAACAAAUUUGCCGACAAAUUCUAUACAGAAGAGGAUAGUACUGAUCAAGGUACAGAAUGGGAUUUAUCUGAAUUUAGAAAGAAUUUACCUGAAACUGAAGAAAGUUUCAAAGAUUAUGGUGAUGGUACUGUAAAUUUGGAAGAAACACCAAACUCGAGCACCUCGAAUGAUAGUAAAGAAGAGCCACAGGCUUAG